GAGACCCCGGCCCCCCAGCCGGCGCCUGCCGCCUGCGAGCCCGACUAUCCCUUCCUUUCUUUGCGCAGCGCUCGCGUCUCUCAUCCCCGGCGCUCCCCCAGCCGGGUCCCGGUUCCGGUAGCCUUGGCGCUGGAGCUCCGAUGAGCCCCCCCGGAAAACCCAUCUUCUUCUCCCUCUGAGGAGGACCGCGGCUCCACCUGUCUUAGCCCCAGGCGGUGGUGAAGAGCUGGUGUGAGCCUUUCCCCUCUUUCCGCUUCUUCUCACCCAGUUCGCGGUGUGCUUUGUUCGGUGAGGUCUCCGGCCGCGUGGACGAGCCGCCCUCUUUCGCGGCCAAGGCCGCCUUUCAUGCUGGCUCUGCCUGGUCCGCCGCCUCUUUUGGCGAGAGCCAGCGGAGUAUCGUCCAGCCGCAGGCGGAGGAGAAAGAGAAGGGUGUCCCGAGCCCUCUGUGCAGCUCAGCUCCUUCUCUGCAUCAGCCUAGCAGAAAACGCGUUCCUGGGUCCUGAUGAAGAAGCUGUUGUGGAUCUUGGCAAAACCAGCUCAACUGUGAAUACCAAGUUUGAAAAAGAAGAACUAGAAAGUCAUCGAGCUGUAUAUAUUGGCGUUCACGUUCCUUUUAGUAGAGAGAGUCGUCGGCGUCACAGGCAUCGUGGACACAAGCAUCACCACCGUAGAAGAAAAGAUAAGGAAUCAGAUAAAGAGGAUGGGCGGGAAUCCCCAUCUUACGACACACCCUCCCAGAGAGUCCAGUUUAUCCUUGGUACUGAAGACGACGAUGAAGAACACAUUCCCCACGAUCUCUUCACGGAAAUGGAUGAGCUGUGUUACAGAGAUGGAGAAGACUAUGAGUGGAAAGAAACUGCCCGGUGGCUGAAAUUUGAAGAGGAUGUUGAAGAUGGAGGUGACCGGUGGAGUAAGCCUUAUGUGGCAACUCUAUCUUUGCACAGUCUUUUUGAACUAAGGAGUUGCAUCCUCAAUGGAACAGUCAUGCUGGAUAUGAGAGCAAGCACUCUAGAUGAAAUAGCAGAUAUGGUAUUGGACAACAUGAUAGCCUCUGGCCAAUUAGAUGAGUCCAUAAGAGAGAAUGUCAGAGAAGCCCUUCUGAAGAGGCAUCAUCAUCAGAACGAGAAAAGAUUCACCAGUCGGAUUCCCCUCGUUCGGUCUUUUGCAGAUAUAGGCAAGAAACAUUCUGACCCUCACUUACUUGAAAAGAAUGGUGUUUUGGCCUCUCCACAGUCUGCACCUGGAAACUUGGACAAUAGUAAAAGUGGAGAAAUUAAAGGUAAUGGAACUGGAGGAAGCAGAGAAAAUAGUACUGUUGACUUCAGCAAGGUUGACAUGAAUUUCAUGAGAAAAAUCCCCACGGGAGCAGAGGCAUCCAAUGUUCUGGUGGGAGAAGUCGACUUUUUGGAAAGACCUAUAAUUGCGUUUGUGAGACUGGCUCCUGCUGUCCUUCUCUCGGGGCUGACUGAGGUCCCUGUCCCUACGAGGUUUUUGUUUCUGUUAUUGGGUCCAGCAGGCAAGGCACCCCAGUACCAUGAAAUUGGAAGAUCAAUAGCCACUCUCAUGACAGAUGAGAUUUUUCAUGAUGUAGCUUAUAAAGCAAAAGACAGAAAUGACCUCUUAUCUGGAAUUGAUGAGUUUUUAGACCAAGUCACUGUCCUACCUCCAGGAGAGUGGGAUCCUUCUAUACGCAUAGAGCCACCCAAAAGUGUUCCUUCUCAGGAAAAGAGAAAGAUUCCUGUGUUUCCCAAUGGAUCUGCCCCCACCUUGAGUGACCCUCCUAAAGAGGCCGCUCAUCACGCCGGGCCUGAGCUGCAGAGGACUGGACGGCUUUUUGGUGGUUUGAUACUUGACAUCAAAAGGAAAGCACCUUUUUUCUUGAGUGACUUCAAGGAUGCAUUAAGCCUGCAGUGCCUGGCCUCGAUUCUUUUCCUAUACUGUGCCUGUAUGUCUCCUGUAAUCACUUUUGGAGGGCUGCUUGGAGAAGCUACAGAAGGCAGAAUAAGUGCAAUAGAGUCUCUUUUUGGAGCAUCGUUAACUGGGAUUGCCUAUUCGUUGUUUGCUGGGCAACCUCUUACAAUAUUGGGGAGCACAGGUCCGGUUCUAGUGUUUGAAAAAAUUUUAUUUAAAUUCUGCAGAGAUUACCACCUUUCCUAUCUGUCCUUGCGAACCAGUAUUGGUCUGUGGACUUCUUUCUUGUGCAUUGUUUUGGUUGCAACAGAUGCAAGCAGCCUUGUGUGUUACAUUACUCGGUUUACAGAGGAGGCUUUUGCAGCUCUCAUUUGCAUCAUAUUCAUCUAUGAGGCUUUGGAGAAGAUCUUUCACCUAGGAGAAAUAUACGCUUUUAACAUGCACAACAACCUAGAUGAACUGACCACCUACUCAUGUGUAUGUAUUGAACCUCCUAACCCUAGCAAUGAAACGCUAGAGCUCUGGAAGGAAAAGCACGUGACGGCACGUGAUAUUUCCUGGGGGAAUCUCACUGUUUCUGAAUGUCAAGCCUUUCAUGGUACGUUUGUAGGAUCAGCUUGUGGUCUUCAUGGACCUUAUGUCCCAGAUGUGCUCUUUUGGUGUGUCAUCUUAUUUUUUACAACAUUUUUUCUGUCUUCAUUCCUCAAGCAAUUUAAGACCAAGCGUUAUUUUCCUACCAAGGUGCGAUCAACAAUCAGUGACUUUGCUGUAUUUCUCACAAUAGUGAUAAUGGUUGUAAUUGACUACCUUGUAGGAGUUCCAUCUCCUAAACUGCACGUUCCUGAAAAAUUUGAGCCUACUUACCCAAAUAGAGGCUGGUUCAUAAGCCCAUUGGGAGAAAAUCCUUGGUGGACCUUAUUAAUAGCAGCUAUUCCAGCUCUGCUUUGUACCAUUCUCAUCUUUAUGGAUCAGCAAAUCACAGCUGUAAUCAUAAACAGAAAGGAGCACAAAUUGAAGAAAGGCGCUGGCUAUCACCUUGAUUUGCUCAUGGUUGGUGUUAUGUUGGGAAUUUGCUCUGUCAUGGGACUUCCAUGGUUUGUGGCUGCAACAGUGUUGUCAAUAAGUCAUGUCAACAGCCUAAAAGUUGAAUCCGAGUGUUCUGCUCCAGGGGAACAACCCAAGUUUUUGGGAAUUCGUGAACAACGAGUUACAGGGCUAAUCAUUUUUGUUCUAAUGGGCCUCUCUGUGUUCAUGACUUCAAUUCUAAAGUUUAUUCCAAUGCCUGUUCUGUAUGGUGUUUUCCUUUAUAUGGGCGUUUCCUCAUUAAAAGGAAUCCAGUUUUUUGACCGUAUAAAAUUAUUUGGAAUGCCCGCUAAGCAUCAGCCUGAUUUGAUAUAUCUCCGCUACGUGCCGCUCUGGAAGGUCCAUAUUUUCACAGUCAUUCAGCUCACUUGUCUGGUUCUUCUGUGGGUGAUAAAAGCUUCAUCUGCUGCGGUUGUUUUUCCCAUGAUGGUUCUUGCGCUAGUCUUUGUACGUAAACUCAUGGACUUGUGUUUCACAAAGAGGGAGCUUAGUUGGCUUGAUGAUCUCAUGCCAGAGAGUAAGAAGAAGAAAGAAGAUGACAAAAAGAAAAAGGAGAAAGAGGAAGCUGAGCGAAUGCUUCAAGCUGAGGACAGUGGUACUGUGCACCUUCCAUUUGAAGGGGGAAGUCUCUUGCAAAUUCCAGUUAAGGCCCUAAAAUACAGUGUUGAUCCCUCAGUUGUUAACAUAUCAGAUGAAAUGGCCAAAACUGCACAGUGGAAGGCCCUUUCCAUGAGCACUGAGAAUGCCAGAGUAACCAGAUCUAACACGAGCCCUGAAAAACCUGGGAGUGUGAAAAUAAACUUUGAAGAUGAACCAACAAGGAGAUACAUGGAUGCCGAAACUUCGUUAUAGAAUUGAACCAAGAGAAAUUAUAUAUAUGUAUAUGUAUACUGUGUGUGUGUCAUGUCACUGUACAUAACUAUAUUGUAUGUCACACUGUUUAUGCGUGACUACUGGGUUUUUUGAAGUAGCGUCUGAAGUUUAUGAGCACCGUGGAGACUCUGUGUAUAGCUGAAUGGUCUCUCAAAAGUGGAGGUACAUGAUUCUCACCCUUCAAAUAUUUAUUCUGUUAGAAUUUUCUCUUUUUUUUCCUGUUCUUCAGUAGGAAGAUAUGGGGAAAUGCAUUCAGCAUACUUUUCCUUAAAUCUGUUUGUUCACCAGUGGCAAUUCGUAUCAACCUUUAGUGAUGCAUACUUUAUCCAUAUAUUUAAAUUUUUUUUACUUGAGUUUUAGCUUGUUUCUGAAAAUGGUCAUGUAUUCUGUCACUUCAGUUUACGCUUUCUGGGAAGAACGGGGAGCCUUUACGCCAGUUCUGUGGGACAAAUGGUAACAUGCCAUGGCUGUUGUGUGUGUGUUUCGUUUACGAAGCUGUCCAUCCUGUUUCACAAGCAGUGGGCUUUUUUUGGCCAUAUGGGCGAAUGUAGGACAAUGUUUGAACUUUCUAGAUAAGAGCUAUAGAUUUGACCAUUAUGUUUUAAAACUAUUUUUUAAAGCCCCCCCCCACCCCCCAAAAGCUCCGUAUCUAGGUUUCCAAUUUAAGAGAUAAAUAAAAUGGCAAGUGAUUUUACAGUUUAACCCCAUACCAGCCAUAACUUUAUGAGUUUUUGAAGCUACAAGACCCAUUGGCCAGAGUUGUGUUGCCUGUGUAGAAGUUUUUCUGAGUUCUUUAUUAGACCCUAGAAUGCCCACUUUGCUCUCUGCCUUUCCUGUCUUUUACUUAAAAUGGUUUAGUUCGUAUCAGGUUCAAGUUCUUGAUGAUUUUUCUGUUAUAAGUAGUAUGAUUAAAUAAUCAGGAAUCAGAAUUCUCUCAAAUGGGUUUAUGAUCAGUAUUACUGUAUGCUACUAAGAAAUACCCUUCAUUUUCUGUUUACCUUAUUCUUUCUAAUGUAUAGAAUAUAUUUAAUAGCCACUUACCCUUGAUUUCAUUUUAAAAUAUUUUAUUUAUUUUAAUUAAUGUGAUGCUUAAAUACUAUAUACACAUUUGAUAAGGUAACAAAUAGAGAGUAAAUUGUUAAUGUAAAUAGUUGGUGCUCACUGCAUUUACGAUUAUUUGAAAGCAGUUGAUUGAUUUUACAUCUCUGAUACAAAGGACUGCCAUAUUUGUAUUUUAAAAGGAAAUUUGACAUUUUACGGAUAGCUCAGAUUGAUGGUGUUCUUCCUGCUUGGCUCCAGCGUUUGUUUCCUUCCUUUGAUUUUGCUUUUCUGAGCUCUUUUUAACUUUUCAGCUAGUCUUUUUAGUCAACUUUUAUAUACUCUUAGCUACACAUGAAAUAAAUAAAUGUUGUUAAGCCUGUAGGACUGGAUGAAUGGAGUUGUGAAACUGAUUUGGCAAGAGAAUAACUUAAAAAAACCAAAUGAGUAUUGGGAAGCCACAGAAAUGUAAAAAACGGUGACAGGAAUAUUAGGGUGAAGGUUGUAGUGAAAUUCAGACGGCUCCCUUUAACAUUUGUAGUUAAAGUGCAAAAGUAGGACAAACCGAUCUUACAGUGGACCCCGAGGAAUGCCAAAAGCUGAUACUUUCACGGUUCUGAAGUGUUUAAUUCAUUCUAAACUACUUAUUAACUAAUUUAAUUUCCCUGUCUGAGACCUGAUUGUCAGAUUCCAGUGAAAAUAACUGAUUUACCUUCUGCCUCAGAUGAGAGAUGGGAGAUGUAGUUGCUUUUCUUUAGAAAACAUCCUUUGGUACUGCCUUAGAACGAGACUCUGUUGGCCAUUGAUGUGGAGUAUUGCCCUCGGUGCUUGUUAUUGUGUAUGAGCUUCCAGUGAAGUGACUCCUGUUUGUUCAUAGCAGCAUAGUCGUUUCCAGACACCCCAGUAUUUGCUGCUGUUUUUUAAACUCCCCUGGUGUACCUGAGCAGAUGUCCUCACAUCCAUCGUGUCCUUGUGUCUGGACAUCAAAAGGGUUAACAAAUGUACUUAUUUUACAGGAAGUGAUUUUAAACUUUAAACUGAAAACUACCUGGGAUCAUAGUGUUUCUGUGAUUUUAUUUAAUUAUGUAUAGUAAUUAUCCAGUGCCAGAAAAACCGUGACUUGCAAAAUAACCUUGCACUCACAAUGUUUUUACAAGGUUUCUGAUUGUUAAUGGCUUCUAGUUUCUUUUGACUACUUGACUUACUGUAUGAUCUGAUAUGACUACUUCAUUGAAGAGCAAAGGUAAUUCAUGUUUAAGUAAUUAAUUGCUUGUUUUUAUGUGGUUAUGGUAUUUCUUCCACUAUUUUUGGAAAAUAACAAUCAUGGAGAACAUUCACUGCAAGACAGCAAAGGAUACAAUUUUGCUACAUGUAUUGAUUUUUAAAUAUUGCCUUAAAUAGGUGUGAAUGUGCAGUAGUAAUUGCUAUGUACUGAUUUACCUCAAGGUGCAAAAUAAUUAAACCUGUACAUAUUCCAUUUACAAAAUAAAGUCAAACCAACAGCCCUGCACUUUCUUAGAUGCCUUGGUUUCCAGGGAUGGAGCUUAGUGCUACUGAAUACCCUGGCCACAGAGCCACCUCAGGAUCGUCGUCUCUCCACCCUUUUUUAUUUAUUUAUAGACAUCUGUUUACAUAGACUGUAAUGAAUCCUGAUGUUGACCAUCUGAAUUUUACUUUCUUCUGAAAUGCUGUUUCAUUCUAAAAUAGCAGCUUUUAAAAAAACAAUGAGCUAACUUCCUUAUGAUAAAAGGGCGAUUCUGUAUAUUCUUUAGAUAAUACAGAAGUGAAGCACAUAGUCUUUCUGAUACGUGUACGUGUGAGUGUGAGCAAUGUUAUCGAUCAGUUGUUUAAAAAAGUCGUGGCGUACCAAUGUUGGCCAAGUCUGCUGUAAGACGCAUAGGACAGAAUUUUGUACGUACUAAUGCAUGUGUUUAUAAAGCAGAGUUCUUUACCACUCAAAAUCAUUAACUUUAUUUUUCUCCACCCGUAAAAAAAGGUUUUUUUUUCUUCCGUGUACUCAGAGUUUAUGUGUGUAGAUAAUAGCUUUCCGAUCUUUUCCCUUGCACAAGACAGGCUCAGAAUUCUUUAAAAACCUAAAAAAUGAUUUCCGAAACAGAUUGAGCACUACAGCUAGCUGUUUUGGAAGGAAUGAUGUCCUGUGCAUGGCUCUGUAGAAGUGCCCAGCGGUGGAAGAGGUGAACCCUGUUUGAACGUGCACGGAUUUCGGAUGUGUAAGCCAUUGACAGAACGUCGUAACUCACAGAUGUUUAUAUUAAAUAACAAUGUUUUAAAUUUAUUUAUGUAGCUCACAUCAUUGUUAUCUUAUGCAGUACCAGUAUGUGAAAUGUCUUUUAGUCUAGUCCAGCAAUUAUUUAUUUCUUAGAAAGUAAAUUUAAAAAUUUAACAGGACAUUCAAAGUUUGCAAUAGUGUUCAUAAUGCAAAACUUGGCAGUUUUAAUGUAAACUAGUCUUUUCUAAUCUUUCAAAAAGUAAAAUAAAUGACAGUAAUAGGAAAACAUAGUUGGAAUCAUCUAAAGAUUAUUUUUAAAUUAAAUUAGCAUAUAUUGACUUCUACAACUGGCUGAAAGCAAUUGUUUAAGCCCCGAUUUGAUGAUUUUUAAUCAGGUUUACUGAGAUUUGAUUGGUUUUUGUGUUGUGGCUUUUGUUGCUUCCUUAUUCAAGGUUAUUUGUCUUUUUUUUCCCGCGGGGCUGGGGAAGAUGUGAUCCGUUUCCAGUGUUUACUGCGUUUAAAUAAACAGAUUGAAUUUUAUUGUUCCUUUAUAUAAUAUUUGAUAACUUGAGGUGUAAUUUCACAGUACAGUUCCAAUUUUUAUGACUUUUAUAUUUACAAUGGUAAUAUUUUUUUUGUAAUAAAAUCCAAAGUACAUUAAACAUUUUAAAUGGAGAACUGAUAUUUUUCGUUUAUAUGAAGUACAAGUCUCUAACAAGUCUAUAAUGUGAAUGAUCCUGCCUUUCAAAUUUGUUUCAUAAUUGUUAGAAGAAAACUAUUUUUGGGAAAUGUUAUUGAAGUUAAAAGAGCAAUAAAAGCCUACUGAAUUA